AUGUUUAACCAAUUAAUUCAACGAAGGAUUUCCAUUCAGAGUGUUAUCACUGGCAAUUCUGGGCUGAGAGUGAAUCUGUCAAAUUCUUGUUGCUCGGUCUGCUGUCGCAAUUACUUAAUGACGGAGCAAUUAAAUAACAACGAAACCCUCUUUUCUUUCCAACUACUGGUGGAAUAUAUCAGAAUAGACAAUACCAGAAAAUGUCUAAAUUAUUCAGAUGAAUUAGCCCUCGGUGUGAGACUACUAGACUUCCCAACUCUGCUCAUCUACCAACCAGAAACGGCUGCUCCACAGCUAGAACAACAGCACUAUGAUGAUGAUGAUGAUGAUGAUGAUGAUGAUGACGACGACAGUGAGAAGGAAAACCAGCUCUAUCAAGCCCAUGACACAUUUAAAUACCCUUUCAACAAAGGCAAGUCGUGUUUGUUCAAAACCCACCUGGACUCUCUCCACACCCAGCUGUCCAAUACUCCUCUGCAUGCUGUGGUCCUGGAUGUGAGGGGAGAGGUUCCCAGGUUGAUCGGCAGCUCGCUGGUCUCUCUGGUCAGGUUGAUAGACUGUAUCAGGUGUGAUGUGGAGGUUCAUGGUAUCUCCUCUCCCUCUUCCCACGGAGAGAAAGGACUUGUUGACUUAUUUAAUCUCAUGGGGGAGAAAAUAGGUGUUAUUUCCUUGGGAUAUAAUCUAUUAAGUCUGGGAAGUAGUUCAUUACCACAUAUACCUGAUAACAGGUUAUUGACAGUUGGUAUUACACAUGGGACCGAAUCUAUGAAACCAACAGAACAUUUACCAGUUGAAUCUAUGAAACCAACAGAACAUCUACCAGUUGAUAGUGGGGAAGGAAAGGUGCAACCACUUGACUUGGACAUUGACAACACGCCUUCCAAUGCCCUUUAUCAGAAUAUUCCUAUAAACGGCCAGCCCAGUGAGAUAAUGGCGUCAGAGGCACAGCAGACUGUUGCAGUUUCGACUGCCACUCAAACAGAACAUUCUAGAAGCAAGCGGCAUCACCGAACAUUCAGAGUGGCUGCUGUUGAUAAGGAGCAUGAUGAGGGAAGCCUCUGUGUUCAGCCCCCAUCUCUUUACUACAGCAGUCCUGUAGAACAACAACAACAACAACAAGAGGAGAAUGAACCAGACCAGUACAGGGUGUUCAAAUUAGACAUGGAAUCUCUCAGGGUAGAGGAUCUGGACUUGGGGAAUGAGGAGACACCUGAUGAGACAGAGGUUCCUGCUACAGACCGCAGGCGGAGAGCGAGACAGGAUGUGGUAGUGGAGUCUAGAGGCACGGGGGAGAGGGGACAGCACCAACCCCAGCAGACAGCAUCUAUCCUGGGGGAGGCUCUGAGACAGCUCCCUCUAUUGAACGCCCUGCUAGUUGAGCUCUCCCAGCUGAGUGGACAGAGUCAGACCCAGCUACAGCACCUCUUAUCAGUCCACCCCAACCUAGCAUGGAUCUACAGGCCGCUGACAGAGCCUUCUAAUGGACAGGUAUGAUACUGUACGCACACUACCGGUCAAACAUUUUAGAAGACGUCAUUCAAGGGAUUUUCUUUAUUUUUUACUAUUUUCUACAUUGUGGAAUAAUAUUGAAGACAUCAAAACUAUGAAAUAAAACAUAUGGAAUCAUGUAGUAACCAAAAAAGUGUUUAACAAAUCAAAUAUGUAUUUUCUAUUUGAGAUUCUUCGAUUUACCAAAUAGGGCUAUCUUCUGUAUACCCCCCCUACCUUGUCACAACACAACUGAUUGGCUCAAACGCAUUAAGAAGGAAAGAAAUUCCACAAAUUAACUUUUAAGAAGGCACACCUGUUCAUUGAAAUGCAUUCCAGGGGCCUCAUGUAUCAAUCUUGCGUACGCACGAAAACACGGCGUACGCCAGCUUUCACGUUCACGGUCAGAUGUACUAACAGUGAAAUUAACGUAAGAAUGUGCGUUCUUCCACGUAAACUUCAGGCCUGGCGUACGUACAUUUUUGUGAUGUUUGUCCGUUGGCGACUCAUAGAGGCAAUAAAGUGAAGUGGCAAACAUUACACUACGAACUGUUCUAUCGCACCUGCCAGAUAUUGCUUAUAAUUUGUAAUUGAUAAAUGAUUUGCCAUAUUAUUGUCACACGAGUCUUAUUAGAAUAUUCUAUUAAUUAUGCAAUUAAGUAAGAACAUAUAUAAAGGAUGUGAAAAUUGAUACAACCCGUCUAGCAAUGGCAGCUUUGGCUUUAUUAGAAGACAUUUUCAAUGGACAAAUCCGGAGAGAACGAGUUUUUAGGGACCACGGUGAUUUUCUGGCCCACGACGAUGACUGGCUCAUCAGCCGUUUCAGAUUUCCAAGGGCUAUACUCUUGGAGCUCUGCGCUGAGUUGGGUCCGAAUUUGGAAAGAGAGACAGUGAGGAGCCACGCAUUACCCGUUCCUUUACAGGUGCUUACUACACUUGGUUUCCUAGCAACCAGUUCUUUCCAAAGAGAACUGGCAGACCGCUCAGGAAUAAGCCAGUCGUGUUUGAGCCGUGCAAUGCCACCUGUAUGGGACGGCAUCAUCCGCUUGUCUGCCAGGUAUAUAACGUUCCCAUACGAUGCAGGUGACCAGCCAAACAUCAAAGCGCAAUUUGCAGCGAUAGCCGGUUUUCCUAAUGUAAUCGGAGCGAUCGACUGCACACAUAUUGCUAUAAAGGCGCCAUCUGAAGACAAAUUUGCAUAUGUGAAUCGGAAACAUUUCCAUUCAAUAAAUGUGCAGAUUAUAUGUGAUGCACAAAUGCGCCUAACAAAUAUUGUGGCAAGGUGGCCUGGGUCAACCCAUGAUUCAUAUAUCCUUACAAACAGCAUGGUUGGGAUGAGACUCCAAGCUGGCAGGGUGCGCGAUGGGUGGCUACUUGGUAAGUUAUGCAUUUAAAUGUAUGGUUCUAUCUAAAAGUAAAAUGUUUGUGUCUGUAAUUAUUAUUACUGCCCAUCAGGAGACGGUGGUUAUCCACUAAAGACGUGGCUGUUAACCCCCCUCACCAACCCACAAACUGACCGAGAGCGCAGAUACAAUGAUGCCCAUUCCCGCACUCGGUCAGUUGUGGAGCGGGCGAUUGGGCAGCUGAAAUGUCGGUGGCGCUGCCUUGACAGGACCGGGGGGAUGCUGUUAUACCGCCCUGACAAGGUUUGCCGCAUCAUACUGGCCUGUGGAGUGCUGCACAAUGUCGCGCACAGGCAUGGCAUACCCCUUGGUGAGGUGGGGGCACCGCCAGAUGACCCUGACCCAGGACCAGUAUAUGUGCAGCACAAUCAACAAGCCAUUCAGGCCCGUCAACGUGUAAUUGCGACAAUAUAAAUGGUACUCAGACACAAAGUUCAUUUUUUGACCAAUUCUUUUAAUGAAUGGCUUAUUUCUGUGAGUGCGUCAGUGACAUUUUUAAGGUGACUGUUCAUUUCUUCAAUGGCCUUAACAAUUUGUUGUUGUGACUCCAGAACAGCAUGCGUCAAGACACGGCCAGAUGGACGGGCUUCAGCACUGGGGGGAACAUUAGAGACACGGGAGACGCUGGACUGAAUGGGCUCUGGCUGCUCAGGUGGUGCGGACUCUGAGUGCGUGCCAGUGGACGUUCCUGCGGUUCCUAAGUCCAAUUAAACACAGGCACAUCUUAACAGUAAUUUGAGUCUGUUCCUUAUUAAUGGGUACACGCAUUUGCAAUAAAAGCAGUGGAUACGUGAAAUCUCUGGUGUACCUUUUGCUAUAUUGCAUGCAUUUUAAAAUUAAACGGUGGCUGGCUAUGUAUAUCAAAGUUAAGGAAAUAAAUCUGAGUCACCUUGCUGGCAGUCCUGUAGUAUAUCCGAGUCUCCUACAUCAGCGGAUACGAUUCCAGAGAUUAACGUGUUUCCUACAAUAGAGGCAACUCUCUGACCAAAGGGUGCAAGUUCAUCGGUCCCUGUACCACCGCCUGUUCUGCCCACACUUUGUCGGUGCGCAGCAGUUCUCCGCUUAACUUCCACCUUUAUGUCUGACCAUUUCUUCUUCAGUUCAUUUACGGUGCGACUCUCAGAUCCCACCGUGUUGACGGCAUCAGACAAACUCGCCCACUCUUUUUUCUUUCUUUUGUUAUUAAUUCCAGAGGACAGAUUUCCAAAUAAAAUAUUUUUUCUUGUUUCUACCUCUGAUAGUAGCACCUCUAAUUCGUUUUCAGUGAAAUUUCGUUUCUUGCUUGCUUUAGCCAUGUUCUUGCAGGUUUCUUUUGCCAAAUUGGACUAAUUACCAUAUUUUAAUUGAUUUAAUUGAGGGAGGAGACAGGGUGUGGUGUGGUGCUCGUGCAUGUGCGCUCAAUUUCGCGUUGAUUGGGAUGUACAAAGAGAAUGUAUGUGGAAUGCUGCGUACGCAGAGAUUCAUACAUCAGAUUUUUUUGGUGCGUACGCACAUUUAUGGCUUUGUCCGUACGCAAUGUUUUAGUUUGAAUUCAACGCAAGUCUUUGUACAUGAGGCCCCAGGUGACUACCUCAUGAAGCUGGUUGAGAGAAUACCAAGAAUAUGCAAAGCUGUCAUCAAGGCAAAGGGUGGCUAUUUGAAGAAUCUCAAAUAGAAAAUAUAUUUUUAUUUGUUUAACACUUUUUUGGUUGCUACAUGAUUCCAAAUGUGUUAUUUCAUAGUUGUGAUGUCUUCACUAUUAUUCUACAAUGUAGAAAAUAGUAAAAAUAAAGAAAAACCCUUGAAUGAGUAGGUGUUUUGACCGGUAGUGUACAUUGUGUAAUUUCUUCUGUCUGUAUAUUUUUGUCUAUUGCUGGCAUUUAGCCAAGUCAAAUUCUGGGUAAUAUGUAAAUGUAUUUUGUGAAUAAAGGUGACUGUGAUUCUGACAGGCAGACUGGCCUCAGUCCCAGGGCCUACGAGGCUCCACAACAUCACCACAGAGAGACAGACGGUCUCCUAGCCCAGUGGGCCCCAGAGGGAUGAACAGGCCACUUCAGGAACAAUGCACCAGUACCCCACUAAGUUCUUUCAGAAAAACAAACUGGGAGAAUACAAUGAGUGGCCAUACAGUGCCCAAGUCCUCUCCCAAGAAGAAGUUAGGUUUUGGAAUGACAAAAACCUUCCGCCUAAGAAUGAAGCAGGUUAAACCUGGUGGGAUGAAAUGCCACAUCCAUGAGUGCAGAGAGCAACAGACAGACAAACAGACACUCAAGACCAAGGGUCCAGGAAGGAAGUCCAACAACACUAACAGUCAAACAAAUAAACAUAUAGAUAGCAGGAAGAUACUCAAUAGGAAUGCUAUUCUGAAUGAGAACAUUGCGACUUUGAUAAGUAGCCUGGACAGAGAUUGUGGACGGCAGGAAAACAUCUCAACUAGAACCCAGCAGGAACUAAGAAACACAUUUACAACUAGUGUCAAUGCAGAGGAUUUUUACUGUAAGAGAGAUGACUCUUCCCAAAGAUUACCAAAACAGAAACCAUCAUCCCAUUCCAAGCAGGACAGUCACAGUAAACAGUGGGUGCGUAUUCCCAGUGAUGAUCACACAGAGGAGGUGAUACUGAGUGGAGAGCACGGCCAUGCUGACUCGGACAGCAGAGGAGACAGGGAUGAGACUCCAAGACCACACCAUUCAGACUCUGGCCACGAGCCCCUCAAGGCAGACCCCAGAAGAAGCCCCAGACACAAACACCCCCACGCAGCCUCCAGCAGUGAUAGUUUGGACAGUGUGGGGGCAGUAGAGUACCUGGAUGACUUCAGCAGUCUGGACCCUACUGAUGGUGAUGGCUACUCACCUUCAACUGACCUCCACAGUAGCCCUGAACCUGUUGGGGGUGGGAGGACUAGGGGGAGGAGCCCUGAGCCUGUUGGGGGUGGGAGGACUAGGGGGAGGAGCCCUGAGCUUGUUGGGGGUGGGAGGACUAGGGGGAGGAGCCCUGAACCUGUUGGGGGUGGGAGGACUAGGGGGAGGAGCCCUGAGCCUGUUGGGGGUGGGAGGACUAGGGGGAGGAGCCCUGAACCUGUUGGGGGUGGGAGGACUAGGGGGAGGAGCCCUGAACCUGUUGGGGGUGGGAGGACUAGGGGGAGGAGCCCUGAGCCUGUUGGGGGUGGGAGGACUAGGGGGAGGAGCCCUGAGCUUGUUGGGGGUGGGAGGACUAGGGGGAGGAGCCCUGAGCCUGUUGGGGGUGGGAGGACUAGGGGGAGGAGCCCUGAGCCUGUUGGGGGUGGGAGGACUAGGGGGAGGAGCCCUGAACCUGUUGGGGGUGGGAGGACUAGGGGGAGGAGCUCUGAACCUGUUGGGGGUGGGAGGACUAGGGGGAGGAGCCCUGAGCUUGUUGGGGGUGGGAGGACUAGGGGGAGGAGCCCUGAACCUGUUGGGGGUGGGAGGACUAGGGGGAGGAGCCCUGAACCUGUUGGGGGUGGGAGGACUAGGGGGAGGAGCUCUGAACCUGUUGGGGGUGGGAGGACUAGGGAGAGGAGCCCUGAGCCUGUUGGGGGCGGGACCAGGGACAAGAGGAGGAGCCACGUGUCAGGUGACCUUAACUCUGACGGCUCCAGUGCCUCAGAGAGAAGCCAGAGAAGAAGAGUGGCUCCUCCUGUUCCUGUUAAAGCUGAGACGUCUCCCCAGCGCUCCCUGA